AUGAAUAUUCCAGCAUCAAAACUUGUACUCUUUCUCCCUUAGAUAUGGAAUGACUAUAAACUGCGAUGGAAUCCAGCAGAAUAUGAUGGGAUCGAGUUUGUCCGAGUGCCAGCAGAUAAAAUCUGGAAACCUGAUAUUGUGUUAUACAACAACGCUGUCGGGGAUUUUCAGGUAGAAGGCAGAACCAAAGCUCUUCUCAAAUACGAUGGCACGAUCACUUGGACCCCCCCUGCCAUCUUUAAGAGUUCCUGCCCCAUGGAUAUCACCUUCUUCCCCUUUGAUCACCAGAACUGCUCCCUGAAAUUUGGGUCCUGGACCUACGAUAAAGCUAAAAUCGACCUUCUCCUCGUCGGUUCCAAAGUGGAUAUGAAUGACUUUUGGGAGAACAGUGAAUGGGAAAUAGUGGAUGCUUCGGGCUACAAACAUGACAUCAAAUACAACUGCUGCGAGGAGAUCUAUACUGAUAUAACCUACUCUUUUUAUAUCCGAAGGCUGCCCAUGUUUUACACAAUUAAUCUAAUCAUUCCUUGUCUGUUCCUUUCAUUCCUGACUGUGCUGGUCUUUUACCUUCCUUCCGACUGUGGAGAGAAAGUGACUCUGUGCAUCUCUGUCCUACUUUCUUUAACAGUGUUCCUGCUGGUAAUCACAGAGACAAUCCCCUCUACUUCUCUGGUAAUCCCCCUGGUGGGAGAAUACCUGCUGUUCACCAUGAUAUUUGUGACCCUCUCUAUUGUCGUCACCGUGUUUGUGCUGAACAUCCACUACAGGACGCCAACAACACACACGAUGCCCACGUGGGUCAAAACUGUCUUCCUCCGUCUCCUUCCCAAAGUCCUGAUGAUGAGGAGGCCUCUGCAGAAACACGUCGAAGCCAAAACUAAAAAACUCAAAAAGGGCAGUACCAGUAAAUCCAGCAAGCCAAAGGCUGGCGAGUUUGGAGAAGUGAAAGUCCGCAACGAACACAGGUGCUAUCACUGCGACAAACCCAAUGAGCCGGACAUGAGCAAGAAAAAGAGACCGAGCCCCCAGUCUGCGAAAUGGGCAGCUGACCAAGUGGAAUACUCUCCCGAAGUCAAAGAAGUCAUUAACAGCGUGCAGUUAAUUGCUGAGAACAUGAGGAGCCACAAUGAGACCAAAGAG